AUGACAGAUGAUCUCUCUGACUUUGAAGAUGAAGUUUUACAACAACUUGAAGUAAUUCGAAAGCUGAAGAAGCAACGGCAGGAACAAAAAACCAACCUUGUUAACUCUGAUGAUGAGGAGGACCCGAGACAGAUUGAUGAUAAUCAUCAACAGACGUCGUAUUUCGCCGAGAAAUCUCGCAAGGCAUCUCGAAAUGAGAGAAUUCUCAAAGAAAGAAUAUUGAAGCAGGAGAAAUCCAAGUCCUCUAGUGAUAAGGAUGUUAGCAUUUCUUCAUUUGCCUCUCGUUUAGAGUCUCAUAAGCAUCGACUUAAAGUGGAAACACAGAAACAGCAGAGUUAUGAGGAGGACUUCCUUGCAAAAAGAGUGUAUUCAUUUGAUUUGGGACUGAAUUUCAAGCCAAUCGGUGAAAAGGUCAACGAGAAAGAUUACUAUACAGGUAAAUACCUUAGUAAACGUUAUGUUACUAAGAAGCUGCUUGAAUCGUGUCUAAAUGACAUGAAAGUGAUGCGUGUGGAAAACGUCUUUGCUGAUAUAGUUCCACCGCAUUACAGGCCUCCUGAUUGUCCGAAUUUUGUGGUUUUUGGUGUGGUUGCAUCGAAAUCGGAAGCUCUUACAACUUCCAAAGGUCGCAAAUCCAAGUAUAUGAAGGUGCACAUAUCGAAUUUCAGAGAACAGGUAACUCUUUCUCUCUUUGACAAGGCAUUUAAGAAGUAUUGGAAGCUACGUUUAGGGGAUAUAGUGGGAAUUCUUAAUCCCCAGAUUUGGCCAUUUAAAUCUAAGGACGAUUCGGGCUUUACGUUAUUCUUGAAAGAUGAUACUGACUCUAUUCUAGAGCUUGGUCAUGCACGAGACUUUGGGUAUUGUAAAUCCAUUAAAAGAGAUGGAUCUAGAUGUAAAGUUCCCGUGGAUAUAUCUAAGGGAGAUUACUGUGAAUAUCAUAUGGAGAUGCAAUUCAAAAGAACAGCUGCUCAAAGGGUCGAACUUGGAAGCAGUGUUCAGAUGUUUGCUCCUAGAAAUGAAAACGGCGAGAAAGAGGUGCUUUUAAUGGGUGGUGGAAAUAAGAGAACCGCUUCUUCUGGAUCACUUAUAGUGGACUCUUUAGCCCCAAGAUCCGAGGAAGAUUAUGGAUUCUCCAGCCCUGAAGCUUCACGGGCCUUUUUUGAUCAGGCAUACACCAAUCCAAAAUAUAUUCCUAGUAUUGCGACCGAUAAGGUGAAAAAAACACGAAUACAAAAAGAAAAAGAGCUUCGGAAAAGGUUAGCAACGUUUUCAGGAGGAGAAAACUUGAUGCAUCGGCAAUUGGAGGAUCAUAAGGAAAAGACUUUCAGGAAUGAUGUCACUAGAAUAGCAUUUUCUCCAGGUACAAUGAACAAAAUUGGAUUUGAUCCUACCAGAAGAAUCUAUGAGAGGGGUAUAGAUUUCGAUAAAAAGGUGUCCACUAAAAGAACUCAUAAACUGCUGCUAACUCUAAAGGAAGAACAGGCCAAAAGCCACAAAAAGUUGAAACCUUCGAAGGCCUUUCUAAGAAAUAAAAAGAAGCAAUGGCAUGCCAAUAUGAAGGAGUUUUCUCACCCAUUGAGAAAAACGCAUUUGGUGGAGUUGUCAGAUAGUGAUGGCGAUGAUGAAGAAGAAUGUGAGCACAAACACGAACAAGCGUAUCAAAUAAAUACCAGAAAGAGGUUUCUGGCAUUGAAAAGACAUCCCCGAACCAAUGAACUAACGAACACAGUAAACCACUGA